GGCGGGACAACUCCCAGCAAAAUAACUGAAUAACGAUACUUCUUCAGCUCAUCCUUUACGGGGGAACUCAAGGAAUCGGGAAAUGGAUUCUUCUUCAACGUCUAAGCAAGGCCGGAAACCGCCUACACUGAAUCAACCGGACAUCUACUCAACCGUCGUUUUCCACGGCACCGACACGGAAAAUGAGCAGACUCGCGACGCCGUCUCUGUGUCGAAGGGCCAUGCUUCAUUGGAAUCUGAGAAUGACACGCAGUCCGUUGGCGGCACAAUGAUAGUGAAGACCAAUCGCCGCAGACCUCGGUCCGAGACGAUGUCCUUUCUCGAUCGAACGGAGAAGAUCCGCAAGAGUAGAACUGGUGAAAUCGGGGAGGAGGGCGUUGAGGAAGGGGAUUUCUCUACAUUUGUAAUGAGGGACGGCGAGAUUGAAUCGGGGACCGUGGUGAGGAGAACGAGCGGAAGAGGAACUGGCGAAGAGAGCGGAUUGUCUACGAUGAGAAGAGCUGUCGCGAGUAUGCAAUCUAUGGAGGAGAUUGGGGCUGGGAGGAAGAGGAAAGGUGGUAAUGGCGGUGCAUUGGAGGAGGAAAUGAAGCAGGUGCAUGGGAGUAAGGUGUCUUCCAGCUCCUUUCCAGAUAGUGUGGCGAGGGAAGAUCCUUCUACGAAGUAUGAAAUUCUUCACGAACUCGGAAAGGGUUCAUAUGGUGCUGUUUACAAAGCUCGAGAUCUGAAGACUUCGGAAAUGGUUGCCAUCAAAGUGAUAUCAUUGUCUGAAGGGGAGGAAGGCUAUGAGGAUAUCCUAGGUGAAAUUGAGAUGCUACAGCAGUGCAGUCAUCCAAAUGUUAUUCGCUACUUUGCGAGCUAUCAAGGAGACGAAUAUCUUUGGAUAGUAAUGGAGUAUUGUGGGUGUGGAAGUGUUGCUGGUUUAAUGAAUGUCAAUGAGGCACCACUUGAGGAGCACCAAAUAGCAUAUAUUUGCAAAGAAACAUUAAAGGGCCUUUCCUAUUUACACUCCAUAUUUAAAGUACAUCGAGAUAUCAAAGGGGGUAAUAUAUUGUUAACUGAUCAAGGAGAGGUUAAGUUAGGUGAUUUUGGUGUUGCUGCACAGCUAACUAGAACAAUGUCCAAGCGUAACACGUUUAUUGGAACUCCUCACUGGAUGGCUCCAGAAGUUAUUCAAGAAAGUCGGUAUGAUGGAAAGGUAGAUGUGUGGGCACUUGGAAUAUCUGCUAUUGAAAUGGCAGAGGGUCUUCCUCCGAGGGCAACUGUGCAUCCUAUGAGGGUGCUGUUUAUGAUAUCAAGAGAACCAGCUCCAAUGCUUGAGGAUAAGGAGAAAUGGUCUCUUUUGUUUCAUGACUUCGUCGCAAUGUGCCUUACAAAGGAUCCUCGUCUCCGUCCAACUGCAGCAGAGUUGCUAAAGCACAAAUUCAUUGAGAAGUGUAAAAGUGGAGCUUCUGGAAUGCUGCCCAGGAUACAGCAAGCAAAGGAAAUUAGAUCUUCCAUGACUUUAGAAGCUCAGAAAAUUGUAUCAUCAGCCACUCUACGAGAUUUAGGAGGUGACCCCAAAGUAAAUGAAUCAUUUGGAGAUACAGUGCCUGCUGGUCUGCAAGUCUCUGAUGUACUAUCAUCUGCAAUUAAUGUGGAGAAUCAUGAUUCAGUACAUAUAGAAACUGAUGAAGAAGGUGACUUUGGGACAAUGAUAGUUCGAGAUGCUAGUAACACAGCUACAACAGCUACUCAGAUUGCAGUCCGAGACAAAGAACCGUCCCCUUCUGUAGAACCUACUGGAAAUGCCCAUGUCCCUGGCCAUGAAGAAAAAACAAUUGACCCUAGGCUAUACAGUGAAGAGAGUCUUAAUUCCACAAGUGGCGCAUCCCAAUCCAGACAAGGGAAAGCCUCUUCUCCUGCAAUGCUUGCUCCUCCACUUUUAUCCCCCCCGCCGGGCAACAUUUUUGUAACAAAAGGUCCCUUGAAGAGUGAAGCUGUCAGUCAAAAAGCUGUAGAAAAGCUCCGUUCAAUAUACUCAGCUGGUAAUACGGUACCAAUCCCGUUCGUGAGAGCAUCUGAUAUAUCACCAAUUGCACUUCUGUCUGGCAAUAUGCUUGGGGCCUGGCAAGAAGAUGAUACUUUGCAUGAGCUUUUCUGUCGCGAUGCUCAGUCAAAAAAGGGCCGAAGUAGACAAAACGAGGUUCCCUUGCCUCCAAGUGUACAUCAGCGACUAUCUUCUAGUCCUACCUUAAUGAACCUAACACAAGCUUUGGCUUAUCACAGGAUGUGCUAUGAUGACAUGCCUCUUCAGGAAAUGCAAGCUACACAAGAGCAAAAGACCAUCCAAAGCCUUUGCGAUACACUAAAAACUAUUUUGCGGUUAUAAAUAGAUGCUGUUUAUUUAUAGUUUUUUUAUAUAGAAAAUGACAUUAUCUAACUCGAGUAUUCAUUUAUUUGGAUUACAUUGAAUAUGAUUGCAAUCCGUAAACAAUACUAUCAUAUUACACUGUGCAGCCUAGAACAUCUAAGAGCAACACAAACCGAUUAUUGCCUUAAACUUCUGUGACCUUUUCCCUCUAUGAAGCUUGCAACAAGAGAUAUCUCUCCACAUAGCUAAUCAGGAAUGCACCACCAACCUAUAUAGUCAUGAAAAGAGCUCUUAGUGACAAGUGGAGGUGGUCCAAAUGCACCAUGUCCCACACUUACUAUAUUCCUCAUGCUAGAGGUCUUGAGUUCAAGUCACUAAGGAGGUGAGUUUGAGAAGAUUUU